AUGUGUCAUUCAUCUGCGAAAGAACUGCUGGCGUAUCAAUCGUGUUUAGAGGGCACAAUGUCGAGCAUCAGUCUAACGCUCAAUCGACCCGCAGCUCAACGCAUGACUGCCUCCAGUCUGCCAGGUCCGAUUUCGCAUUCAAUCGGAAAGACGGUUGUCCAGCCUACAGCACAUGAACUACAUUUCCCGACAUCUUGCCAUGUCACAUCCACAGACUCAUUCCCAAAUUUCUCUGCAGGCGACGUCACGAUACGCACGUACCUGACUGAACCUCACAAGCAGUGGCAGCUUCACAGUGAUAUUCUUACUAGACACUCUACCUGGUUCGCGAGAUCUAUCCAAGAGCAACGUGCCUCAGCAACGGAGCGUUGCGAAUACACCAUUGACAUACUCGAUGAACAGGUGCGACUGACUCCUCGAACGGCCAAAGAAGAACUAGAUGUCACCUCAGGAAGGUCUGACGGUACCCGUCUAAAUACCUUCAGCAUCAAGAUUGAGAGCGAGAUCGAAGACACAAUGCGUGAAGCUGCCAUCCGAACUUACGACCAGGUUUUGGGGUCAUUCUACAGCAUUCCGCCAAACAUUACAACCACUAACAUCACACGAGCCACAUUCGAAGCAGAAGAACUUGUCAGAGUCGCGACAAACCUCGGAUGCACCCACCUCAUCUCCCCCCACAUAGGCAACGCGCUCCUCCAAUACCGGCAACUCCUGUACAAAGCCAUCUUCAGAGAUCCCACGCGCUACCUGCUCCUCUCCAUCGCGCUCGAGAACGAUUUCAUCUACACCGAAUCGCUGAUCCAUCUCGUUGGCGCCUACCCGCACCGGCCUGGGCCAACUUGCCACACGUUUCUCGCCGAAGAGAUCCAGCGCCUCAUUGUGAAGAAGUCGGAGGCGCUGGAUACCGAGGUACUCGAGGUCGAGCGCCAACUUCUCCUCCUCACGAUCACACGUACAGAAAGAAAAGUGCCUUUCAGGUGCGACGUGAACUCCGAAUUUGAUACCUGGUUCGUUGUGCAGCUGUUUCGGGACACGCUGACGAACGCGCUGCGCCAACACGACGCCUUGGAGCCUUCGAUCAAGAGAGGCGAGUUUUUCAGGAAGAUCAGGGCGGGCGGGAGUCGCUACAUGGUGUACGAGGAGGUAAGGAGGAUGAUGCAGCGGGUCAUGCCGAGUGCGGUUGAUACGCUGGACGAGGAUCUAGGGCUUCUGAAGGAAUUCGCGAGUAGGUUCGUGGAGAAUCUUGCGAGGAACGAGUUGAGCUUGGAUGUGGAAGAAAACAAAGUGGGAUGGCUAACAUGUGUGAAAAUCGAGAGGGAAGACAUUCCGUGGAGAGCUGGAGCUCAGAGGGAUGUUUGA